AUGACAUUCAUUAAAGGAGUUACUUAUGAUCCACAAGUAGCCAAGGCAUCUGUCUUGCAAACCAAGCAAUUGCUCGUUCAACUCGAACAAGAAUUGAAUUCCUCCGCUUUAUCAAAAGAGAAGGUUGAAGAUAUCUUCAAACAAUAUCAAUCAUUGCCAAUUACCUAUCAAAUUAACUGGGCUGUCGCUGGUGAAGAUCCACUCGAGAAUCAAAAGAAAGCUGAUUUCUGCAGAGACAAGCUAAAUGAAUUGAACCAUGAACAUCACUUCACCAGUAACAAAAUUCCAAGAGCUUUCAAUGCUGACUCUGGUGGUUAUUAA